UACAAUUGUAUGUUUUACCUGGAGUAGGAAAAAUAGACCAUUUCCUUGUUUGUACUACUGAGGUUACAGGCUACAUGAAACAAACCAAAAAUACUGAGUAUAGAAUAUGCAGGAAAAUCAACUGCACCAAUACCUGACAAAGAGUAUACUUUAUCGCAGCCUGACAAAAUGCUUUGAUAUUUGAACAAUCCCACAGACAGCGAUACUGUGUGCCCUUAUCUAGAUUGCAUUUGAUAGACUGAUCCAAGUAGAAAGACAGUAUGUCUGCAGACCAACAUCAUCAGCUAAGGGGCAAGUCUACACUCAGCUGUCAUUUCUAUAUUCACAUGGCUUCUGACAGCAAUUUCAGGUGGCUUUAGCACCAAAACAUAAAACAAUUUUUCCAACCCUCGGGGAAAGAGAAGGAAUUUCUACGCCAUCCAUAAACAUUUAAAGGAAUAAUGUAACUGUACGAUGACAUAGCAUCCCCUUUUCUCCCUCUCCUAGGGGAGGGUGUGAUCUUUCUGGGAACCCUUUUACAGCUAUAAACAAAGAUGACACAACAACAUACUUUAUUCAACCUGAGAAGUUAAUAUUAACUAAGGACUUUACACCCAGCAUCAAAGAUUUGCCAGGUCUUUGUCAUAAUUGUUCUUGACUAAAAGAAGAGUGGAUCUAUCGUUGACAACAGAUUCUCCUGUUGUUUGUAUAAAUUUGGCAUUUGGCCAUGGCAGAAACCGAAACAGAGAGGAUUCAACUGAAGCACGAGUUGGGUUUACUCUGUCAUUGGUAGCAGGAACCAUGAUUGGAUCUGGAAUAUUCAUGUCCCCUCAGUUUGUGCUGUCUUACAUUGGAAGUCCAGGGGCAAGCCUGAUCAUUUGGACAUUGUCUGGCCUUGUAGUCAUGCUGGGGGCACUCUCAUAUGCUGAGCUAGGAACCAUUAUUAAAGAAUCAGGAGGGGACUUUAUCUACAUUCUUCGAAUCUAUGGACAGUUUCCUGCCUUCUUUGUGGCCUUCACCUUCCUAGUAGUGGUGAAACCAGCCAGCAUUGCAGCAAUAUCCCUCAGUUUUGCAGAAUAUGCUGUGGCACCUUUCUACCAAGACUGUUCUCCUCCUCAGCUAAUAGUGAAGUGUGCUGCUGUUGCAGCCAUCAUGGUUGUAGCCAUGGCAAACAUCUUGAAUGUACGUUUAGCCAUGAGAAUUCAGGUGGUCUUCUUGGUGGCUAAGCUAUUUGCAUUGAUGGUUAUAGUAAUUGGAGGGAUAGUGAUAAUUGCACAGGGAAAUGUUGCUGUACAACAAAAUGCUUUUGAUGGUACGAACUUGGGUUUGAGCUCCAUAGGGAUGGCUUUUUACCAAGGCCUCUGGUCCUUUGCUGGCUGGUACAACUUGAACUAUGUGACAGAAGAGUUGAAAAGACCUGAGGUAAAUCUGCCCAGGGCAGUUACAAUUGCCAUCCCCAUGGUAACCAUGCUGUAUCUACUAGUCAAUGUGAGCUACCUGGCUGUCAUGACGCCAAGAGAACUGAUGUCGUCGAAUGCAGUGGCUGUCACCUGGGGGAAUAAGGUGCUCGGGAGCUGGGGAUGGGUGAUGUCUAUCGCAGCCGCUUUGUCUGCUUUCGGCUCCCUGAAUGGAACAUUCUUUAGUGGCGGCCGGGUGUGCUUUGUGGCUGCAAGAGAGGGACACAUGCCUGAUAUUCUGUCCAUGGCCCAUGUGAAUCGACUGACCCCCUCUCCAGCCCUGAUCUUCACCACGGCUAUCUCACUCCUGGUUCUCAUCCCUGGUGACUUUCAGAGCAUUGUCAACUUCUUCAGUUUCACUGCCUGGUUCUUCUAUGCAAUCACUCUGUCUGGGCUCCUCUACCUCAAGAUCAAGAAACCUGAACUUCCCAGGCCAUAUAGGGUUCCCAUUGUAAUCCCCAUCUUGGUCAUCAUCGCAGCAAUUUUCCUUGUGCUGGCACCUAUAAUUGACAACCCCGCGAUAGAGUACCUCUAUGUCACCUUGUUUAUCUUUAGUGGUGUUUUGGUUUAUGUACCCUUCAUCCACUUCAAACUGUGCCCUGGACUGUUGGAGAAAGUCACUGUGUUCCUGCAACUCUUCCUAGAGGUGGCCCCAGCAGACAAAAAUCUAUGAUUUAUUUUACAGAAUAUAUGUGUCACGUUCUGACCUUUAUUUCCUUUGUUUUGUCGUUAUUUAGUAUAGUCAGGAUGUGAGUUGGGGUGGGCAGUCUAUGUUUGUUUUUCUAUGAUUUUGGGAUUUCUAUGUUUCGGCCUAGUG